ACCAGAAAAGUUUGGUUCUGUUUCACUUCCGCAUCCACCCCCUCUUCAACUUUGACCUCCAAGACUCGACCAAACGAGUGUGGAGUAAUGGAUCCAGAGUAAUUACCGGUAAUCACCCAAAGAUGUUACCGUAGGUUAAUGUUUAGGCUUCAUUGACAGUCGGUCGAAGUUUGUUUUAACUGCAGCCGACCGCCUCAAAGCGGCUGAAACUUCCACUUUCCUCCACAAUGUCAACGCGAAAUAUCUCUCGAUUUUGGGAAUGGGGAAGGAAGAUAAUAUGUGUUGGGAGAAACUACGCCGACCACGCAAAAGAGCUGAAAAAUGCGAUUCCGACAGAGCCCGUCCUGUUUUUGAAGCCACCUUCAGCUUAUGUCAGAGAGGGGUCCCCUAUCCUGGUGCCCUUGUACUCCAGCAACCUGCACCAUGAGGUGGAGCUGGGAGUAGUCAUCGGGAAAGGGGGCACAGCCAUCCCUCAGUCUGCCGCCAUGGAGCAUGUUGCAGGCUACGCUUUGUGCUUGGACAUGACAGCCCGGGACAUCCAAGACGAGUGCAAGUCAAAGGGUUUGCCCUGGACCCUGGCCAAAGCUUUCAACACCUCUUGCCCUGUCAGUGAGUUCAUCCCCAAAGAGCGCAUCCCUGACCCAGGGAGCGUCAAGCUGUGGCUGAAAGUGAACGACCAGCUGAAACAGAGCGGCUGCACCUCCCAGAUGAUUUUUUCUAUUCCCUAUCUGAUCAGCUACAUCAGCGACUUUAUCACUCUAGAGGAGGGGGAUCUCAUCCUGACCGGGACCCCUAAAGGAGUCUCCGCCGUGCAGGAGCAUGAUGAGCUGCAAGCUGGGAUCGAGGACGUUGUCACCAUGAGCUUCAAAGUGGACAGACCAGAUCAUUAGAAAACACAAACGUCUGUAAGGACAGGAAGUGAAUACACAGACUCAGAAUUAUCAACGCAAAGUCGGAUCCUUUCUCUCUGUUUUUAAUAUUUUAGGGGACCAGCAGGUGUCAGUGCUGUGCCAUCGGGACCAUAUCCCACAUGUAUUUUAUUCUAUCCUGCACAGUACUUGAAAAUAAGUUUAGAAAGCAGGGUUUGCUUGCAUUGAUUGAUUUCACCGACGUAAAUGUGCUUGUGAUCAGUUUUGUUUGACCUUACACAUUGAUAUAAAAAUCAUUCAUCAUCCAA